AAUAAAAGAAAAGUAGGGUCCCAAAUUGUGGCGAAUCGUCUGGUGGAGAGUAGUUCAAUGGUCGACAAUAAUUUUCUUCCUUCGAUCCAAAACCUACCCUCCCAGAUCAGAUGAGGAUUAGUGUGAGAUCGCUUUCCUGUUUGUGAUUCUCGAUCGCAUCGAACUCCCAACAACGCAGGCAUUAUAAUUCUUCAGGUUGUUGCGGGGAGGAAGACGAUAAAAAGGCCAGUCAUAGAGGAGAUAUAUAGGUUUGCUCCUUCGAAUUGCUCGUUCCGAGCUCUACCGACUGGCCAUGCGACGCUGGUUGUCAGCUAUUGGCCUCUCCAGAGAGGACUUCUCCAAUAAACAGAUUGUUCCCGCCGUUGACGUUGUUGCCGCAGCAUCAUCUCACGCAGCCCUCUUUCGAUUCGAUCGCCGUAGAUUUAGCAAUGACUGCCGAUGCUCAUGGCCCUAGCCCUAAAGGCCUCCUCUGCAAUGCCGGCGCAGGCGCCGCUGCCGGAGUAAUUGCAGCUACUUUUGUGUGUCCUUUAGAUGUUAUAAAGACAAGAUUUCAGGUUCAUGGGCUUCCAAAGCUUGGUAAUACUAACAUUAGAGGCAGUCUUAUAGUUGGUAGCUUAGAGCAGAUAUUCCAGAGGGAGGGGUUGCGGGGGAUGUACCGUGGGCUUUCUCCAACAGUUCUGGCAUUACUUCCAAACUGGGCGGUUUAUUUUACUAUUUAUGAGCAGCUGAAAUCUUUUCUUUGCUCUGAUGAUGAAAGACAUGAACUUUCUAUUGGUGCCAACAUGCUUGCUGCUGCUGGUGCUGGGGCUGCAACAACAAUUGCCACAAAUCCUCUUUGGGUUGUGAAGACUAGACUUCAGACUCAAGGAAUGAGAGCUGGUUUUGUGCCAUAUAGGGGUACAUUAUCGGCUCUAAGAAGAAUAGCUCGUGAAGAGGGCAUUCGUGGGCUGUAUAGUGGUCUUGUGCCUGCUCUGGCGGGUGUUAGUCAUGUUGCUAUCCAGUUUCCAACAUAUGAGAAGAUCAAGAUAUAUUUGGCUAAUCGGGAUAACACUAGUAUGGACAAACUCAGUGCCAGCAAUGUCGCUGUUGCAUCAUCAGUUUCAAAAAUAUUUGCUUCUACAAUGACAUAUCCACAUGAGGUUGUGCGGUCAAGGCUUCAAGAACAGGGCCUACACUCGGAGAAACGCUAUAGUGGUGUGAUUGACUGCGUUAGGAAAGUUUUCCAGCAAGAAGGCAUCCCUGGUUUUUAUCGAGGUUGUGCUACCAAUUUAAUCCGGACCACACCAGCAGCUGUAAUUACCUUCACCAGUUUUGAGAUGAUACACCGUUUUCUAGUUUCAGUGUUCCCCCCUGAUCCUCAGCCACAACCACUGUGAGGAUCAAUAUCAUCGUGCAUUGGAAAUUAUUAUGGAUUGAGUUAGUUGGCUAGAACAGAAUGUGGCCUUCCGCAUAGGUUGUCAUGGGUAAAUUAUAGAAUCGCAAGAUUGCAAUUGCGUUAGGACACUGUAACAAACCGCCGCCUAUACUGAAAUGAUAAUGAUGAAAAAAGUGUUUAAGAUGCUAUAGACAAAUUAAACUACAUUUUGGUUUUUGAAGAAUUGUUGAAUAAUGAUGCAUUUUUAGUUUCUUUUG